AUGAUCCGAAUUAGGUUCUGGAGCAGCAGGAGAGAGGCGUGGCCAAGGAUGGUCCCACAGACAUCGACGGUAUUGAACGUGUUCGGGUCGAGAGCGUUUGAACGGUACAGAUCUGAUAUGACAUUGCUGGAAUCAACGGGUGUGAAUGAAGGUGGGAACGUGUACGAUAAGUUGCUGAAGCAGGCGAGUGCUGCCUUGCUCAACUCGUAUGCGAGGAAAGGGUUUCCAUACUCGGCGUGGGAAGUGAAGACUCUGAUGAUUCAAGGGUUGGUCUCGGAAGAUGCUGCAGUUCGCCUGACCCAACGCUUUUCCAUUGCAAAUGAUGCGUGUAAUUAGUACUGUGUGGUCACAGAAACAAGCGUAGUAGGGUAGGGGAAACUUAGUUUUGCACCGACUUGUGCUUUUGCCUUCUCAGAGUAAUCUGUCGAGGAUAAGUUUACUACUAUAUUGACAUAGAUUUUGCACAUCCUUUUAUUUUGUGGACAAUCUAAUCUCUGCAUGGAAUGUUUCUUGAAGGUGAGAUCAAGAUUUCUAGUGCACGCGAUUAAUUGUGGAGAAUAUUCUCCUUGUUUGCC